AGAGGGAUUUCCAAGGCACUCCCGGAACCGCACAUUGCAUUUUCUAUUAUAGUUAAAUUUAUGAUUUUAAAUAUAUUUCUUUUAUUGAUACCAUGAUCUUUUUUAAACGAUUGAUGAUGGAGAGAAAAAAGUAAACAACAACAUAUAUAUAAAUAUAAAUAGAAUACGGUUCGAGCUAAUAUGAACAAAAGCGCUUAGAAACAUGACAUAUUUGGCCUAUAUUAUCCAUCUUGUUAAGAGAAUUUUGAAAGCUCCAAAAAUCGCAGCACUUGUGACUGUUCUAUUCUUUUUAGCAGAAAAUGUAACUGAAUUAGCUAUUAGAUAUGUACCGGAAUUCAAUCGUCUAAAACAGGGAAUUCAUAAUUGUGACAGGCUACCAAAGAUAGAUACAUAUGGAAUAAUGUGCCCUUUUGAUAAACCGAGCUUAUAUGCUACCAAUGAUGUUAUUAUUUUAACAUAUGCCAAUUCUGGAUGGUCGUCUCAAGUAACCAACUGGAUUUGUAACGCUAAAAAAGCGAAAUUAUCUAAUUUAUUAGUUGUAGCUGUUAACGAAGACUUAUGUAAAAGCUUAGGAUCGAUUGAAGGCGUAAAAUGUUGGACACCUUCACUCUCACCAGCAUUUCAGCAUUUGAAAGACAAAACUAUGCAACAAUCAAGAUUUAACGCAAGUGGGAAAGCCCAAUGGGGAACUCAAAAAUAUGGAUUACUGUUAAAAUAUCGGACUUUAGUCAUAUAUUCUCUACUCAAAUGUGGACAUCCGCUUCUACUAUCUGAUACGGAUGUUAUUUUUCUAAAGUCUCCCUUAAAUUAUUUAAGGCAGCUUGCUUAUGGGAAUGGUUCAAAUAUAGAUACUCUCAAUCCUAAAAACGAAAUGAUCUUCCAGAAAGACGCAACCGGUUGGAGAAGAUUCGACAGUUGGGGCCUAAGAGGUUGGCUUGGUAAUUGGUAUGCUUGUGCCGGUUUUGCAUACAUCAUACCUACUCCUGCCAUAAUAAAAUUUUGGGAGGGAAUGCUAGCCUUCCAAGAAUUUGAUUGGAAUGAUCAAGUCGGUGUUAAUUUAUGCUUGAGAUAUUCUAACCACAGAGUUCGUUGGACGACACUGGACUCGCAAAUAUUUCCAAAUGGUAGAAUGGUGCAGGAUGGAUACGAAAUGAAUCAAGAUCCUUUUGUUAUUCAUUUUAAUUGGAUUCACGACUUUAACGAUAAAAUUAAGUAUAUGAAAUUAAGGAAACUUUGGUGUGGAUAAUCGUAUCAGCUCGGAAUUAAUAAUUAUGCAAUACUCAUUUUUAAGGGAAACGUAAAAUGAGUUUACUAGCAAUUAGUAUUUUUAGUAUUGCAAUUACAGCAGUUCUUAUAAUAAUCUGCUUUAAAUCAGUAUUACUACUAUUUUAUACAAUUAAGUAGACUUAUUUUAUGGUCCCGUUUUCUCGACAGUUCUGUUCCUUUUAAACAGUAAUUUAAGUUUUUUUCUGUGCCUUUAAAUUGCAAGUUUAUUACAUUGUCAUUCAUUAUCUCUUAAGAAAAAAAAAGCCCCUCCUGUAAAAGAAAAAUUAUCUUAAAUUUCUUUAUUUAAUUACCUAUUUAGCAAUACUAUACUUUGUUGUAAAAAGUUUCGAUUUUUUGUUCACUUUUUUAUUUGGUUUUGUUGGUUCUCCACGGCUUUUUAUGAUAAUAAAGAAGAAAAAAAAAACAAAAACGGAAUCGUUCAUAGCUAUAAUCUUGUGGAAAGGCAAUACUUUAAAACUAUUAUUCAUUUCAAAAUUGUUACUUUGUGGGCGUUUCACUACGAUUACUAAGAAGUAUUUUCCACGUUUUGGUUGAUAAAAUACACAUAUUUAUAAAAAGUU